AUGGCAGGCUGCCAUAACACGACCGAAUGGGCCGUGCACUGCUCUCAGCGCUGUACACAAGACGAGCAAGACGCCGCAUUCCCCACCCCGAGUCUCUCGGCGCACAAGUCAUCGCCGCGUGCACUCCGCCGGCGCCGGGGCGGGGCCAAUGAUGCUGCUUGCUCCGCGAUUCCCGGCCUGACGACGGGCGGGCGGGUGACAGCGGCAUUCAUUGGAUUCCGCCCCGCCCUCCCAUCCGACCGGUGCCUUACUGGAUUCGUAUCUCGGUAUCCCGGUAUAUAUGUGACGACGACGGUUCCCAGAGGUCCAGUCCGGCCCCACAGAUCUACAACUAUCUCUCUCACACGCCCCAUCACCACCACAACAAUGCCAGCAAUCACAACCGGCCUGGUCCUCGUCACGGGCGCCUCGGGCUUCGUCGGGACCCACUGCGUCGCGGCGCUGCUCGACGCCGGGUUCCGCGUACGCAUCGCCGCCCGCUCAGAGGAGAAGGCGGCCCAUGUGCGCAGCUUGUUCCCGCAGCACAAGGACAAGAUCGAGCACGCCGUCGUGAAGGACAUUGACGAGCCCACCGCAUACGACGCCGCCGUCGUCGGCGUCGACGGCAUCCUGAACCUCGCGUCGCCUGUCACCAUGUCGCAUGUCGGCGACCCGAACGAGGUGAUCGGGCCUGCGGUGCGCGGCAUCACCAACCUGCUCAACAGCAUCAAGGCGCACAACUCGACGCUUAAGCGGUUCGUCCAGAUGAGCUCGGGCGCCGCGAUGGGCGAUUUUACCGCUGCGCCAGGGACCGUGUGGGACGAGAGCCACUGGAACGACCCCGCCAUCGAGCGAUGCGAUACCCUCAAAGACAAGGUGCCCGGCCCGGACAAGUAUUCUGCGUCGAAAGCUAGGGCCGAGCGCGCGUUCUGGAAGUUUAUCGCCGACACCAAGCCGUCAUGGGACGCCGUGGCGCUCCAGCCCGUCUUUUGCUUUGGUCCGCCGACCCAGUUCGCGCCGAAGGAGCGCCCUAGCUCGUUAUUCCUCUUCAACAGCUUCUUGAAGCCCAACGCGCCGGCACAGCUGCUGUCCUACCCCUUCGGCAGCAUGGUCGACGUGCGAGACGUGGCCAAGGUCUCCGUGCUGGCCUUCACGACGCCUGAAGCCUCUGGAACUUCCCCAGGCGAGCGUUACAUCCUCGCAGCGGACACGCUGUGGGGCAACGACCUCGCGCUUGGCGUCGAGCGCGUCGCCCCCGGCCCGGGAUACCUCGCUGCCAGCUCCGAUGUCGAGUGGCGCAAGAGCCUCGACGAGAAGAUUGUCAAGUUUGAUGGGCGCAAGGCGGAGCGCGUGUUCGGGUUCACGUACAUGCCCAAAGACGAGUCUAUCAAGUCGACUGCCGAGGCCAUCUUCAAGGCGCGCGAAGGGGAGGAGCAGAAGUAAAACUAUAUAGAUGUGGCGACAAUGGAUUCUUGUAUCUUGUA